UCCUCCCCCGCCUCCCACCUUGCCUGUGUCAAAGAAGAUCCUGAGUGAACCUGAAGAAGUUCAAAAUGCCUGAGAUGGAUUGUUAAUACUGCUUUGCAGGAAAACAGGGGGAAAAUAGCCACCCCAGGGAAUUCAAAAUUGUUGAAACAGGAUUUGCUGGUGGGGAACGCAGUGGGAAUAAUCAUGCUUCACAGAAGAACAGCACCGAUCUCCAGUUGCUCUAAACACAACCUCAUCCGCUAGGGCUCCAGGAAAAAAAAUAAUUACAGGAAUCAUACUUGUGAAAAAGCAAUGAUUGCUUUGGACGUUGCGCUUUACCAUCCUCCCUGCAUUCUCUGAAGUGAAUCUCUUCUCUUUCAAUUUUCACAGCUUCAAGACCCAAGAGUGACACACACAUUUUUAUAGCCAAAUCGGAUUUUUUUUAUCAUUUCCCUCAUUUGCUCCCCCGACCCCUAUUCUUCUCAUGUGGAUAUGCAAGCAAAAAGAGAAGUCUGGAUAGUCCCAACAUGCUCGUUCCUUUAAUCUGCCCGUCUAGAGGUUCUGCUUCUACAAACCAAGGGAGUGUAAGAGCUGAAGAUGAGGCCCAAGGUGGAGUGUUAUUCUCCAAAGUUUUGGCUGGUACUGGCUGUCCUAGCGACGACGGUUGGUGGGGCCCGUGCCCAGAAGAGCCACCCCAGUAUCGGCGUUGCUGUCAUCCUGGUGGGGACCUCAGACGAAGUGGCCAUCAAGGAUGCCCACGAGAAAGAUGACUUCCACCACCUCUCAGUGGUGCCCCGAGUGGAACUGGUGGCCAUGAAUGAGACAGAUCCCAAGAGCAUCAUCACUCGCAUCUGCGACCUCAUGUCAGACCGGAAGGUUCAAGGUGUGGUGUUUGCUGAUGACACAGACCAGGAAGCCAUUGCUCAGAUCCUGGACUUCAUUUCUGCCCAGACUCUCACGCCCAUCCUUGGCAUCCACGGAGGCUCCUCCAUGAUCAUGGCAGACAAG